UUGUAUAUAUAGAUAUAGCUAACUUGGAUGAUGUGCUCACAGAAUCCAAAUAUAAAGUAGAAGAUGGUUUCAGUGCUUACAAUAUUGUUUACCAUACUAAUAUGCUUUGGAGCAGGAGGAAUUGAAGCACAAACUGGACGUAUCGCUGAUGAUGAAAUGAAUGCUCUUCAUGAAAUAGCUGAGCAAGUGGGUAAAAAAGACUGGGACUUUAAUCAGACGAAUUGUGAUGAAAACGGGAACUGGGGCAAAACAGCAUUUGUCCAACCAACAUAUAACAAUACUGUCAACUGCACCUGCUCUUCUGGUGUAUGUCACUUCACUGCCAUAUUUCUUAAAGGGCAGGAUCUUUCUGGUGUGCUUCCACGAUCGUUGGCGAAGUUACCCUACCUCAAAACUGUUGAUUUCACUCGCAACUAUCUUAAUGGAACGAUACCACCUGAAUGGGCUUCUAUCAAGUUGGAAUAUUUGUCUGUCACUGUGAAUCGCUUAUCAGGACCAAUCCCGAAUUACUUGGGAAACAUUACCAGUCUCAUCUAUAUGAGCUUGGAAAACAAUAUGUUUUAUGGAACUGUGCCAGCAGAGCUUGGAAAUCUGGUCAACUUAAAGAAUCUCAUUCUUAGUGCUAACAAUCUCAUCGGAGAGUUGCCAAAGGAGCUCAAUAAUCUGACAAAUUUGACAGAACUUAGGCUGAGCAGCAACAACUUCACUGGAAAGUUACCCAGUUUCCAGAGUUGGAAACAGCUACAAAAAUUAGAGCUUCAAGCAAGUGGUUUUGAAGGCCCUAUUCCUCCUAGCAUUUCUCUCUUGCAUAAUUUAACUGAACUAAGGAUUAGCAACUUGAAUGGAUGGGAUUCACAAUUUCCACUGCUAGAAAAUAUGUCUGAAAUGAGCAUGUUGAUGUUAUGUAACUGUAACAUAUCCGGGUUAAUACCAAAGUACCUCACGACAAUGCGGAAAUUGAAAUAUUUAGACCUCAGCUUCAACAGGUUGGAAGGAACUGUUCCAAAAUUUGAAGGACCCAACGAUUUGCAUUUCAUGUGGUUGACAAGAAACAAACUUGGUGGGCUUUUACCGGACUGGAUCAAGACGAGGACUACAUUUUACCCAAUAGAUCUUUCUUAUAAUAACUUUUCUGAGAUCUCUCAGCCAUCACUUUGUAAAAGCACCCUAAACUUAUUCAGAAGCUUUUUUAGUGGGAAGAAGGAAUUUGCUGACUGCAUGACAGCUUGUCAAAGUAAGCAGUAUUCAUUGCAUAUAAAUUGUGGUGGAGCAAGAACCACAGUUGGAAACAUCAUAUAUGAAGCAGAUGAAGACGCAGGAAGUCCAGCAGAAUUUUUUCCAGUAUCACCGAAUUGGGGAACUAGUACUACUGGACUCUUUUGGGAUACUGGCGAAAAUGGGACCUAUGUUGCCACAAAUAAAUCAAUUAUCACAAUGGAUGACUCUCAGUUGUACACAAAUGCUCGACUCUCUCCUUUGUCUCUUACUUACUAUGGGCAUUGCUUAGCAAAUGGGAAAUAUACAGUUACACUUCAUUUUGCUGAGAUAAUAUUCAGAAACAACCAAUCGUUUCAAAGUCUUGGAAGACGCAUAUUUGAUGUUUAUAUCCAGGAUGUACUGGUUUUGUCGGAUUUUAAUAUAGAAAAUGUUGCACAUGGGGUUGAUAAGGCAGUGGUUCAAAGGUUCACUACACUUGUGAAGAAUAAUACUAUAGAGAUUCGCUUUUAUUGGGCAGGGAAAGGAACAAGAGCUGUCCCCACUAAAGGAAAUUAUGGUCCUCUCAUAUCAGCUAUUUCUGUGGAAUCUAAUUUCAAGCCUCCUCUAAAAAAGAAAACGAAGAUAUUCAUUAUAGUUGGAGUUGUGGCUUUAUUAUUGUGCCUCAUUUUUAUAAUUCUGUUUACUUUUUGGUGGAAAGGCCGCUCAAGAAGCAAUAUGUCAAGGGAACAAGAUCUAAGAGGAUUGGAGUUGCAAACUGGCUUAUUUACAUUCAGAAUAAUACAAGAUGCAACUAACAACUUUGACGAAGCAAAUAAAAUUGGGGAAGGUGGUUUUGGAUCUGUCUAUAAGGGUGUUUUAUUAGAUGGCACAGUGAUUGCAGUUAAGCAACUUUCUUCCAAAUCAAAGCAAGGAAAUCGUGAAUUUGUUAAUGAGAUAGGAAUGAUCUCUGGUUUGCAGCACCCAAAUCUAGUAAGAUUGUACGGUUGUUGUAUUGAAAGGGAUCAACUACUCUUGGUAUAUGAAUACAUGGAAAAAAAUAGCCUUGCCCGAGCUUUGUUUGGUCCAAAGGAAUGCCAAUUGGAAUUGGAUUGGCCUACCAGAGUUAGAAUUUGUAUUGGCAUAGCAUUCCUGCAUGAGGAAUCGAGACUGAAAAUUGUUCACAGAGAUAUCAAGGCUACCAAUAUACUACUUGAUGUGGAUCUUAAUCCUAAGAUCUCUGACUUUGGUUUGGCCAAGCUUGAUGAAGAUGAGAACACCCACAUUAGCACCAGAAUUGCUGGAACUAUAGGGUACAUGGCACCAGAAUAUGCAUUAUGGGGUCACUUAUCCCAUAAAGCAGAUGUUUAUAGUUUUGGGAUUGUCGCGUUGGAAAUUAUUGCUGGAAAGAACAACAUGAAAUAUCGUGCUAUUGAAAAUUAUGUUUGUCUACUUGAUUGGGCACUUGCUUUACAAAAUAAAGGAAAUUUAGUAGAGUUGAUGGAUCCAAAGUUGGGUUCCAAUUUCAACGAGGAGGAAGCAAUAAAAAUUCUUAAAGUAGCUUUAUCUUGCACUAAUCCAUCUUCGGUGGUUAGGCCGACCAUGUCUGCAGUAGUAAGAAUGCUUGAAGGUGAUAUAUGCGUCGAAGAACUGAUGAUGGAUCAAAGUGAAUAUGGUGAUGACUUUAGGUUCAAAUCCCUUAGAGACAAAUACUAUGAGCUGCAACGCCAGAACUCAAGUGAAGGCCAAACCCUCAUUGAUUUAUCAGAAACAGCACGAAAUGGCUCGUCCUCUACAACUUCUCAUGAUCUCUACCCGAUUAGUCUUGAUUCUCAUUAAUGAAAUCCAACUUGGAACGUGUCAUGGUGGCUUCAUUACUCUGCAAGCAUUACAUGCAUUGUUUUUUUAAUUUUGGUUGAAGAAUUUCAUUCUCUUGUUUUUUUAUGUUUCAAAUGUUUAAUGUUUGAUGUUUUGGUGAUUGUUAGUCUUUCGGUAAUUUUGUCAUAUGUUUUCAGGUCAUGUGAUUUGUUUUUAGAUUGUAGAAUUUUGUUUUGGUUGUGUGGUUGUAUUGUUGUUGAAGUUCUACAAGUGAAGAAAAGUUGAAACAUAGAAAAUGUUGGGUAUACUUCCUUAGUGGAGUAUGAGACUCAAUUGGUUUAUUAAAAUAUUUGGUUUGAUUU